ACUCAAGCAUAUACACCCACUUUAUCUUCCGAGGGGAUUUUUCUGUGGCUAAUUCCCUCUCCACCCUCCUUUUCCCAUUUAAACAAGGUUUCUAGCAGUUUUCAGCGAGAGAGGAAGUCUCCAGAGCCAAUCUGAAUAAUUCUGCCAAAACCAGUUCUUGCCAAUCUACGGAAAUGUCGCCACAAGUCGCACCCUCUUGUAUGUCAUUUCAGGAAACCUCAACUGAUUCCAUGGGAGAACCUUGUGAUUCUGCUAAGGAACGAACUUCCGUAGAGCAGAUGGAUGUGGGGGCUUCCAGCUGUAGUGAAAAAUCUGUGUGCACUUUUUACCUGGAGGGAAAGUGUCGUUUUGGAGAGAAUUGCUUCAAUCUCCAUCCAGAGGGCGUUGCACUGGGGGAGAAGAGAGGUGGUUCUCUGAAGGAAGAAAAGAAGAAAAAUGGUCAAAGGAAGAAAACUCAUAUUAAGGCAGAGAAUAAAGAACAUGGGAAAAGGCCAUCCAUGAAGACAGCCGGCGACGUCAGAAAGAGAAUCCAGUGGGAUUCCGAUCUCAGGAAGGAGUAUUUCGUGGUGGGCUACCUGGAUCGAUUUGUGGGUGUUAUCGAGAAGCCUUUCACUGCGUUCACUUGGGAACAUUUAGCUACAGUAGGUAUUGACCAGCUGGCCAUUCCACAACACAGAAUUCAGUAUUUUAAAUACAGAGGAGUUAAAGUCUGGGACAAAAAUGAAAGACUGGACAAUGUUUUCGGAAGCACUGGCAGCAACGUCACUAUCCAGGAUGUUAUGCAGGAAGUUGACGAAGAGUUCGAAAAGAGACAGACUUACGAAUCCGAUGAUUCUGAUUCAGACGACGAAGACAUUGUCAUCUGCACAGGAGACACAUCUGCGAUCAAAGAAGCAGUUCAGACUCAGAAACAAGAAUACGACCAACUCAGAGCUUCCCACUUCCUCUGCAUUCGAGUGUAUAAUGAUGAGUUAAAGAAUAUUGCAUUAGAAGUUCAGGAAAGCAUUAUAGAACAAGAGCCAGUACUGAGGAACUGUGCAAUGCCUACCGAACUCUUCCAUGUCACUCUAGCUAUGAUUCGCAUUGAUGACCCAGAGGCCAUGUUAAAACUCAUCGAACUUUUGCAAGAACUUCGUGCAAAGCUUCAAGAAAUGGUGGCAGAUCAGCAGCAAAGCCAGAUUCUUGCUAAAGGUCUGUCUACCUUUGUUGGGGCGCGAGUCCUUUACUGUAAGUUGCAGGUGCCCGAAGCAUUUUCCCGUAUUGUGGAGACGCUACACCAGUCUUUGGAGAAGGUCGAGGGAGUGGUCAUCACGGAUCAACAUGACUUUGUUCCUCACAUGACACUGAUGAAAGUGAACCGCGUCAUUGCUCGUGAAAGGGGAAGCGAGUACCUUAACUCCAUCCUCUAUAGUGAUUACGUAGACAAAGAAUUUGGAUUCAUUCCCAUCAAUAAUAUUAACCUUUGUAAUACUGAUGACGAGAGAGGAUAUGACGGCUUUUAUUUUACCUGUCAAAAAAUCGAGUUAUAAUUUAUUUCUUUUCUGAGUAAUGAAAAUACAAACUUUGUGUGAUGAGUGUUUUUCAUGUAUGGGGGUUCUCUUACGAUGUUUACAUUUUCUUUAAUUACCUUCGGGGAAAAGUUCAUACACAGCUGUCCAGGUGAUUCCAAAGAUGAGAGAUACAUUUGAAGAUCUUGAUCAAUUAUAAGAAUAUUGGUAAUGAACUUUUUGAUAUUUUAAUAUUUUCAUAUUUUAACCGCACUAAUUACACAUGUUAUACAAAUACACAUAUUUGUGAAUAUAAAGAAUAUUAUCUUGUAUUUUUGCUUCUCUGAGACGAGAUGACAGUGGUUCAUGAAUUUUGUUGGUAAGGACUGACGAAAUAAAUAAUUUGCUACAUAAAAUUAAUAACGGUGUGAUAUCGUGUUAUCUGCAUUUAAUCUUUAAAGUUCGUUAUUGCUUCAUGUUAAAUCACUGUCACAGCAGAGUUCUGGUCUAUAAUUAUUUUCAUAAUUUAUGAUUACCUUCAGUGUUUGUUUUUAUUUUCUUUAUGAUUUAAAGAAUAAAAUAAAUAUUUUACGCUUU